GGUUUCCGGUGCGCUCGGCGCCUCUGCUGUCCCCGGGGACGCGCCCCGCCUCCUGCGCUCCGCCCCUCGCCGCGCCGCGCCCCGGUUCCCACGGCGCCCAGCACCUUGGAGCAGCUCGCCUGCCCUCCCCACGAGCAGCCCGGCGGGGCCAGGCCGCGCGAACAUGGCGCUUGUCCCCUGCCAGGUGCUGCGGGUAGCCAUCCUGCUGUCCUAUUGCUCCAUCCUGUGCAACUAUAAGGCCAUCGAAAUGCCCUCGCAUCAGACCUACGGGGGCAGCUGGAAGUUCCUGACCUUCAUUGAUCUGGUUAUCCAGGCUGUGUUCUUCGGCAUCUGUGUACUGACUGACCUCUCUAGUCUUCUAACCAGAGGCAGUGGGAACCAGGAGCAAGAACGACAACUCAGGAAGCUCAUCUCUCUCCGGGACUGGACCCUGGCCGUGCUGGCCUUCCCUGUCGGGGUUUUUGUUGUUGCGGUGUUCUGGACCAUCUACGCCUAUGACAGAGAGAUGAUAUACCCAAGAUUGCUUGACAACUUUAUCCCAGGGUGGCUGAACCAUGGAAUGGCAACACGCAUUAUGAAAUCAUCGGAUGCAGCAACUUCUAGCCACAGAACUUAGAUGCCCCUGUGAGAAGCAGGAGCAGCAGAAGGGAUGGCCAGUUCCCUUCAUCCUACUGAGCACUUACAGUUGCAUGGGAAACACAGCCAGGAAUCCACCGUGAAAUGGAUGGCUGCAGAUAACUGAAGCGGUGUGACACAAAUGACAAAGGUCAGGAAGGGUCAGUGCCACUAGGUUCUGUUAGCCUGUCAAGGCUGUAAUUUAAAGAGCAGUAGUAUGCUCCAGCUUCAUCUGACAAAACAGCAGCAUCAUAAAAUCAAGUCUCCACCGCAGAAAUUAAAAAACUCCCCCUCUUUAUGUUCAUCAGAGGAGCCCUACAAAAGCAGUCAGAGCUUAUAAUUCACCUCUCGGAUGUCUAUCUGAACUAUAUUAGUUUCUCCAGCUAUUUUCAAACGGCCUUUUUUUCUGAAAAAUGAUCUGCUCAGAUUAAAAAAGAAAGGAAAAAAAUAAAAGAACAAACCAACACUAACCAUCCCCAUUUAUAAAUCAAAGAUUGCUGAGGUGUAUAGAAAUCAAGGUAAGGAAGCUCUCAGGGAAGCAGAAGCAGAAAAAACAGCUGGAGAGGAAGGGAAAGGGGGGAGGAGGGAAGGGGAAGGAGCAGAGGCGAGGAGGAGCACCACCAGGGUCCAGCAGGAGCGACCAGGUCCCAGCUGGCUUCAAAGAGGAAGCAGGAAAGUGGGUAGCGGUGGGAACACUGUCUCGAGCUGACUCUGGUGGGCUCUGAAUGUCUCUCUUGCAACAGAAACAUUUAAUUAAUCUGGAAAGUUGAUGGAGACUGCUUCACCCCUGUCGUUCUUCCACUGAGAAACAAAUACACAGUUCUGAUUCGUUCACCAAAUACUGGUUGUAGUAAACAUCUGUUCUCCGAAUAGAGGAGGCAAACUACUAAAACCAUAGUCUCGUUGUAUCAUUGUAGGAGACAGAUGAAGGACUCCCCAAAGACCUGGUUGCCCUAAGCCCCAACCUUUGAGUCUAGUGUAUGAGGAAGGGAGAAUAAGAGUUGAAGGUGUAUGUAUGUGGAGGGGGUGGGGCAGAGAGUAGUAGAGGUGGGGAACCGUGGCCAAGAUGCUUUGAAAACAAAAAGCAGAAGUAAUAUUAGCAAUAAAAAAUGAAGGUGUUACAUAUCUGUGACACUUGGGAGGAAAAUCAUGAGUUUGAAGCCAACUUGAGUUUCAUGAGUUUCAUAGCAAGACUAUUAAAGAUUAUAUGAAUUAUUAAAAAUAUAUAUAUAUGAAUACACAUACACACACACAUACAACCAAACAAAUUGUUGUUGAAAUGUCCAUUGCUAACCAUCUCUGGAUUGCCCAGUCAGCCUGUGUAAUCAGAGUCUUUUGUGGGAAGAAGGAGGGGGAAGAGUGAAGACAAGAAGAGUAAUCAAUGGGCCAGGGAUGUUUUUAAAGAUGGAGGGCCUUGGCUGAAGGGCUCCAGGUUGCCUGUAGUUGUGGGAAUGGCAAGAAAAAGACUCUGCCGGAGAACUUUCUGAAGAAACACAGGACUGUCACUACUUCAGAUUCCUGUUCUUGAGACCUAAGUCUGGCUUCAACCUCCACACCUUUAAGGUUGUCCGUUAUCAUCGUUGAUACGCUUAUGUGGUUAUAAUUUGUCACAGCCGUAAUGGAAACUGUGGUUCCCUUCAGAGCACUAAUAAAGAUUCUCUGUUCACUA